UUCUUUGAAAUUGAAUAACUCCAUUAAGAUGGCUGGCAAGCGACAGGCCACCUCGAACCUGAACCACGACAACUGGGACCAGGAGGAGGAGCCCGAGGAGCGCGGCACCUUCCGCACGGCCAGCGAGCAGGAGCUGAAGACACGCGUUAUCAAGAAGGCGCGCCGCAAGAUUGCCGGUGGAUCCUCCGCCGCUGGCGAGGAUGCCGCCGAGGUCACGCCAGCGGAGCCCAAGAGCGUGUUUAGCGGAUUCACCGGUUUCGGAAAGCCGGCUACAAUCGCUGCGGCGGCCUCGCCGUUCACCUUCCUCGCCAAUCUGUCAGCCCCAGCAGCCACCACUAGUAAGGCCUCCUCCUCCUCCACUAGCGAGCCAGCCAAGCCCUCAUUCUCCUUUGGGCUCAGCUCCAGUGCGACGGACAAGCCGGCCAGCACUAGCAUUUUCGGCACAGCCAGCAUCAGCAGCUCGGCCCCGUUCUCUUCUGCGGCCAAGGAAUCCACAAGUACCACCGAUGGCGCCAAGUCGACCUAUUCGAUUUUUGGCAACAUAUCAGAGGCCAAAAAGGAAAGCAGCGAGCCCAAGACGUCGGUGGCCAGCAGUAGCAGCAAGCCAGCGAGCACCACCUCCAACUCCAACUUGGAGACCUCCGAGUACCGGGAAAGCGUGGCCGAGCUGAACCGGGCAGUCAUGAAGUUCCUGCAGGAGAACAUGGACAAGAGUCCCUAUUGCAUACUGACGCCAGUGUUCAAGAACUACGAGAAACACCUGAAGGAGCUGCAGGACGAGGAGAGCGCCAGAACAAACAGCACGAAGACCACGCCCGCACUGCCCAGUUUUGGAGUGCCAGCUGCUGUAGUGCCCAGUACAUCGUCGCCAUCGAAGCCGACUUCCACGUUUUCCUUCGGAAAGCCCAGCACCCCGAUAGGCGGCACCACAUCGCCCUUCGCCAAGAAGCCCAACUGCACCGUAACCAGUGGCGGCACAACCACCACAACCACAACACCGAUGUUCUCCUUCGGGAGUACGGCAGCUUCCAGUGCUCCGGUGUCGACUUCCGCCAGUAUAUUUACUUUGGCUCCAAAGCCAGCUGGAGAAGCCAAGGUCGAAGACGCCCCUAAGUCCAGCAUCUUCAGUUUCGGAGCGAAAGAUGCUACCACCAAAAAGGACGAGCCCUUGUUUUCGCCACCGAAGACUAAUGGUUUUAGCUUCGGACUAAAGAGCAACAGCGACGACAAGCCAAGCACUUCGUUAUUCGCAGGCUUCGGAAAAGCACCUGAAGUAGGCGGAGGAGAUGCAUCAACGGGAUUCUUCUUCAACAGCAGUGCCAAGCCCUUUUCCUUCGGAAACAUUCAACCGCCAGCAGCAGCACCAGCCAAUGAAGAAGCGGAGGAUGAAGAGGACAAGCCGCCAAAAGUCGAGUUCAAACAGGUCGUAGAGGAUGAUGCUGUCUACUCGAAAAGGUGUAAGGUUUUCAUUAAAAAAGACAAGGACUUUGGCGACCGCGGCGUGGGCACGUUGUACUUGAAACCGGUCAAGGACUCUGAGAAGACCCAGCUUCUAGUGCGCGCAGACACUAAUCUGGGCAACAUCCUGGUCAACCUCAUUUUAAGCGAGGGAAUACCCUGCCAGCGCAUGGGCAAGAACAACGUGAUGAUGGUCUGCGUGCCCACGCCGGAGGACAGCAAGGCCACAUCGCUGCUGCUGCGCGUAAAGACCGGCGACGAGGCAGACGACUUACUGAAGAAGAUCAAGGAGCACAUCAAGUAGAGAUAGACAUCUAAAACAUGAAUUCGUACAUCUAAAUGUUGUUUAAUCGUUUAUACUUUAAAUACCAUACAAAUACGAACACCUGGAAAUAGAAAUCAAGAAUGUACACAUUAUCA